AUGCCUAACAUCUACUAUCUCAACACACCGCCUCACCCGUUCUGGGACUUUGUCGCUGGGAUCGAAGACCACCCGUUCUUCGCCCAACCCGGACAACCUGGUCCGCCACCACCGCCGGCUCGGCCAGGAGCUGAGCACCGUCAAACCUCCGCCCAGGCCAGCACCACAACAAGCGACAAGACCAAGGGCAAGCAAGCUGAAGCCGGUGUCGAAGAUCCACCAGAGGUCGACCCCGCGACUGUCCGACCCGGCCACCCUAGGGAUAUGCCGUUCCGCGGACGUGGUCGGUUCGCCCACGCCUUCGACGAGACCCCCAACAAAGAGAAGCACGACGGCGACAACGACGGCAGCGAAGAUCGCCACCGCGGCAAACGAGGCUGCCAUGGACACAGACGCGGCUUCGAAAAUGGCGCCCCAUGGGGUCGCCGCGGAGGCCCGCCGUUUGGUCCCCCUCCCUUCCUAUUUGGUCCCAACUUCCCCUUCGGCCCUCAUGGGCCUUUUGGCCGUCCCAGCGGCCCGGGUCAAGAAGAACAUGAAGGCCAAGGCGAAAGCAGAGAUCACGGCCAUGGACUUGGACCUCAUCCGGGUUUCCGUGGUCGUGGCGGCCCACAUAGAGGCCGCUUUGGGCAUCAUCCCCGUCAUGGACCUCAUGGACAUCAUCCCCAUCAUGAACCUCAUGGAGCCCAUGCCCGUUCGCCACCACGCUCUGGUCCUUUUGCUGGUGGCGCAUCGGGUUUUGACCUGCCCUCGUUUUUAACCAACCUGGGGGAACGUCUCGGUGUGGACCUCACCUCCGCGGCGGAGGGUCUAGGACUCGGCCUCAGCGUUGGCCAGAAGCAUUCCCGCUCCGCCGAUAGAGACUUCGAGCCCCGAACCGACAUCUUCGACUCGCCCCAAGAAUAUACUGUGCACGUCUCCCUUCCUGGGGCCAAGAAGUCCGACCUCGGCGUCGACUGGGAUGGCGAACACUCGGUCCUCCGCAUCGCGGGCGUGGUCCACCGACCGGGCGUGGAUGAGGAGAUGAUGUCCCGCCUGGUUGUGGACGGUCGGAAGCGCGAGACCGGCGUCUUCGAGAAGACUAUCCGUCUGGGCACGACCAAGGCCCCGGCUGCCGUGGACGUCGAGGGCAUCUCGGCAAAGAUGGUCGACGGGGUCCUUGUCGUGCGUGUCCCCAAGGUGGAGAAGCGGUUCGCGAAGAAGGAGGUCCACGUGGAUUCAAGCCCGUCUUCUCCUCCCGCUGUCUCAGCGGACGGACGUGACAGGUACACGCAGGAGAAGCAGAAUGAUCUUCUCUUUGACGCGGACGAGGACGGGGACAUGUACGACGGCACAGCAGCACCACAGCAACGCAAUCCCAGGGAGACGGCCGAAGCUGAAGUCGAAGCCAAAGGCAAGGGCAAACAGCGUGGGGCAGAGGACGAAACAAUCAGAGACAGGGAGAGAGACGACCGUUCCGAGACCAUCGGGUUCGAGUAUCCGCAUACCCAUCCUGACCCCACUGCUGAAACUCUUCCACGCUACCAGCUCGACGAACCUGCGGAAAGUAAACUCGCAAAGGAAGAGGAGAGCCAACGUGGAGCCUCAGAGGAGAAGGCAGCACACGAGGCCGGACACGACGACGACAACAUGAGCGACUGGGAGCGCGAUGGUUCUGAGGUUGACGCGGCGGAGGAAGACGAGGGAGAGGACGAGGGAGAGUACGAACACGUCAAAAUCAAUGUUGAUUGA